AUGGCCGACCUGACCACGCCUUUAUAUGACCAGGUGUGUCCUCGCCGUGUCGAGAAGCAGACUGUCAUCCCUGACCGAGGCACCACCCUCAGCAUCAGCAGUAGUCAGGUCAAAGGGUGCAAAGUGUGCACAGUGGCUGAACGCACACGACAAUGUAGUACAUCUGUGCUAUUAAAAGAUAAUGCUCCUGCCUCAUUGGAGUUUGAGUGCUCCCGACCUCAAGAUGUUUUCAGCGUGGAGAUUGUACGAAAUAUAGAAUGUACCACAAAGUCGUGCAACGGUCACAUCAUCCAGGCUGACUCCAGCUCGCUUCCUUUGCUUGAUUUUAAGCGCAAGUUCACCUGGAACCUGAAAGCUUCUGGACCAAAAGCAAUACAAAUAGACUUCACCAAGACAGGUUUGACACAGGUUAAUCCAUCUGUGACCUGCCCAGAUAGACACACCUAUACCCUCCAGGCCUUUGAGCGUACAGGCAAUGUGACUUUAGGGAAAUACUGCAGGACAGGUACUAUCACCAGUGCUCAGAUACUGGAUCAAGGGAGCUUUUCUGUGGAGGUCCCAGCAGGUCAGAAGCUACAAAAUGUCCAGUUUGAUGUGUCUGUCGGGGAGGAGAUCAAGUCUCUUGCCAAAAUUAAACUGACUUUACCACAAGGGACGUCGUCUUCAGAGUUGUUCUCGCCAAACUACCCUGACAGUUUUCCUGACGACGACGUGAUGGAGUGGUGCUUUCAAGUCCCAGCCAAACAAACAGCAUUUGUUCAGUUCCUGAACCUCACACAGCCACGUUGUCUGAAGAAGGCGACUGCAGUGGAGUACCACGGCAAAGGCAGAGUGGCGAUGGUGCGGAGUCUGAUGGAGACCCAGCCAACCCAGAAUCAGGGGGACUUCUCCCUGAUGUUGAGGAACUGCGAGAUGGACAGGAGAAGAGGCGGUUCUCCUGGACUCUCCCUAAGCAUCAAGGUGUCUUCUUCAAGAACAAAUUCACCAGUGUCAUGUAGUGUGGACCUGAGGGCACAGAGGGGUCUUUCACUUCACAUUGAGAAGCUGAGACCGGCCUCUGACUGCGAGAUGAAGAUGAACUCUGUGGUGAAGGAGAGGAUCACAGUGCCAUCAGACAGUGUUACUCAGCUCUCUUUCCAGGACUGCUUCCCUGAAGACUUGGACAUCACCGCCAUGAAAGUCAUAGAAUGUAGUCAACUUAAAGACUGCCCGAAGUCUCCAGUGUACCUCUCAGUGCCUUCACUGCCGAGCUGCCUUCCCGCCAAUCUGAGCAGUGUGACCUGGCACCUCCGUCCUCCUGAGCACGGCACUGUGGAGCUGGCCUGUCCCAAAGUACCUCUCAAACAGUCCCUACCUGGCCAGCCAUGCAAUGAGAGCAUCAUUAAACUGACAGAAGAUGAUGGAACUACUAUUGGACAGUUUUGCCCUCAGGGAACCAUUAAGAAGGUCCAAAUCCACACUAACGUUUCAGUCACUGUGUUCAGAGCCGGGGGCAAAGCACUGACGCCGUCUUACAAGCCUUUGCUGACUGCCAGUUUGAAAAAAGAGAUAACAGAAAGGUACAUAUUCACUGUAUCUCCAAUGAAAGACACUCCCGUCCUUUUGGCUACUCCUGGUUGGCCGAUUGGGAUGAAGCCAUACUCCACCGUCUCCUGGAUUGUCAAUGUUCCCUCGAAGAUGGAGGCGAACCUCAUGUUUGCCAACCUCAGUCAGCCCAAGUGCAGCAACCGCCACACCAACAUCAGGGUGCAGCGAGUUGGCAGCGUGGAAGAGGACUACAGCCGCAGGGAGGACGAGGAGGCUAAGGGCGAGAUCAGCGUCUCAGAGAGUUUCUACCUCAACAUGUCCAACUGCAUGCCUGAAAGAGGAGACUUCAGCGUCAUCACCAAGAUCACCCUCCAGAAGAGCCAGAACCUGCUUAUGAUCAUCAUCCUGUGUGUAGUCGCUGUUCUGUUGGUCAUUUUUAUCAUUGUGCUGGUGGUGGUCCUUGUGGUGGUAAGGAAGAAGAAGAAGAAGCUGGAUCAUCAGGUCUCCAUCUAUAAUCCCAACGGCACAAGUUUCCUGCCAGGACAAAACGGCUUCCCUAAAUCGCGUGAAGACAACGAGUCUCACGUGUAUGCCGCCAUCGAGGACACGCUGGUCUACACGCACCUCCUGAAGAAGGGGGCAGAGAUGGGUGUCUAUGGAGAGUUCGACACAUACCGGCCCUUCGCGGGGCAAACAGACUCACAGAAGCCACUGUUCUCUAAAGACAGCGAAGCCGACAACGCAGAUGUCGGGGUUUACCGGUCGUUUCGGUUUUCAGCUCAACAGGGUCCUCCGCUUCCUAACAGGCCUCCAAGCCACACCCAAACCGUGGUGGACAAUGAGAUUUACCAGACUGAGGUCCCAAGCCAGGAGGGACUUCCUCUGAAGCUGGGACCGCGGCUGGACCCAGAAGGAGGGAACUGAGUAAGAGAUUGGAUUCAGCUCUCUGCUUAUCACUUGACCUACUUGAACUUUAAGUUGUUGAUUCCCUGGCAUCUGUGUGAUUACCUGCUGUUCAGCCUUGCAAGAAGCCUUAUUUCUCUCUCUUCAGCGUAGUUUUGCACCAAAGCCAGACCCACAAAAUAACCCUGUUCAGACCUGCUUGCAACUGUUACCUUGUUUCAUCUGUGAUGAGGCCGCUUUUGUCUGAAAGCAGUACGUAAUCAUACCAUUUUAUACCAGUUUAAGAGCUUAAGUUAACUCUAACUUUUUCCUUU